AUGGCCAAGUGUGUCAAAGGAGAGGACGAGAUCUUGGGAGUACUGGAGGCCAGUAUUACCCCUAGAUCGGAAGUGGAUAAGGCAUUGAUUUCAAUGCCCCUAAAAAGGAGCCAAGACGCAAGAUCCAAGCUCCGAUUCCUACUAUCAGACGAGCUAUAUGUCGUCAGUUUCGAUGGAUCAGCCCGUGUCAAGAAAGGUGGAGGCGCCUACAGCGCGAUCUUGUGGAAGCUGCCCGAAUGGAGAGUGCUGAAAGCUAGAUCAGGGUAUGCCGAAGGCUUGACGGUGAACGAAGCAGAAUAUCAUGGGUUGUUGCUAUGUUUGGAUCUGUUGGAAGAUCUGGUUCCACGACGUCUGGUGAUCUGCGGAGGCUCCAACCUGAUUGAUUGUAAGGCGCCAGGUCUGACACUGUUACGCCAGCGAGCCUUGGAUCGACUUCGUACGUGGCCAGAUCAUGAACUAUUAAACGUCAAACGAGACUGGAACGGGAGUGCUGACAGCUUAGCAAGCGCUGCUCUGCAACGGCAAUCUGGGAUCGAGAUAGAGUCUGACACGGACAUCCAGGAUCUCAUAACUUUAAAUUGGUUGGAUGAGAUCCUGAUAGUGAAAGGCGAAGAAGAGAUCGCACCGAUAUCAGCUGUGAUGACCCGAUCUCAGGCUAGAUCAGGAGUGCGUAUUGGAUCUGAACCAGACUCCCUACGAGAAGAAGUCGUGAGAGAGUUGCGGAUUGAGCGGAUCCGACAAGCCCAGGGCGAGGAGUCGUGGAUCAAGGGCUUGAAAAAGUAUUUGGUCGGGGAGAUCCGGAAUCUGACACAAGAAGAGGCUAAGAUGUUUGGAUCUAUUGCUAUGAAUUAUGAAUUGGAUCUACUCUUCUAUUGCCCGACAACUAAGGAAACUGCCGCAGAUCGGGACAAGCUGAUGCGACUGGUGAUACCUGAGACGCUUCAACAGGACACUUUGCAUCACUAUCACACGAGUCUACAGGGCGGCCAUCGAGGUCUGUCGCACCUACGAUCGGAUCCAGGUCUGUAUAAGAGUGUACAACGAUACGUGGGGGAAUGUGUUGACUGUGAAACAGGCAAGGAAGACCCCGGAUCCAGGGCGAGUCGCCUGGCGACAUACCCAUUCCAGAUCAUUGCCAUGGAUCACAUACCUUCAUUGCCUAGAUCCUUCAACGGCAACACUGAGUUGCUGAUCUUCGUGAAUCUAUUCUUGGGAUAUGUGAUCGCCAAAGCCAGUGCCUCCAGAUCCGCCCCGACAAUCGUCGAGACCUACGAGGAAUGUGUCUUCGGCCGAUUUGGCGCUAGCAAAGUGAUCCGACACGAUCGUGAGCCAGGCUUUAUGUCUGACUUCUUUAACGCGUUCAACAAGAUCCUGGAACAACGCCAACGGGCUACGAUGGCGUAUCGACCCCAAGCUAAUGGAUCUGCAGAACGUACGGUCCAGACAACUACCAGGGCUCUUAAUAUGUAUGUGGAGGAUCUAGAUCAGCAAGAUUGGGACGAUUAUGUUGAGCGACUCACCUUCGCGAUCAGCACUGCAAGAGAUCGGAUCCGAGGUGAAACGCCUUUCUACAUGAUACAUGGCUGGGAUUCUAGAUCUACCCUGGAAGCGGUGAUCCCGGUGGGGAGAACUCGCAGGCACGAUCGAGAUCCGAGAAAAUGGCGAUAUCGGAUGCAAAAAUACCGUCAGCAGGCCAGAGAACAAGUGAACCAACGUCCACGUGAGGCGAUCGCGGAUCGGGCCGAUACGCAUAAUGAUCUAAGUCUGGAUCAAGGAUCCACAUACAGCAUUUUCCCGGUGGUGCAUGUGUCGAAGAUCAAACUGGUCAAGAUAUUCCCCGAUCGAUCAGUAGCUCGUCUAAAUGGGUCAGAAGGAGAUCGGGUAAAUUUCGGUAAAGUUCUCCUACCUGAAGUCAGCUGGACCUAA